CAGUCAGAGGCGAGACUCUGGGGGUGGAGAACGUGUACGUCUGGCGCUGCAAACUUUGUGAUUUCGUUCCUCCUCUUCUUCCUCCUCCCUCCCAUCACUGAAACGAAACUUUAUCGGCAGCCACGUGCCUCACUGGCAACGACGCGGCUCCAGUGUGUGUCGCUCCCCGCGGCGAGGAGCCCGCCGCGUGUGGAAGUUAAUUUUAUGUUCGCGAGUUGAGUUUUUGAAGCGGCAGGAGAGGAAAGAUAGCCAAGUCCGUGUUGAUGUUUUUUUAUUGACGAAGGGAGUGUGUGAAGGAGCGGCGAGGCAGUGAGUGCCCAGCGGAAUAAUGCGUGACGGAGCGAGUGUCGGGGCGAGUGUCGCUGCCAAGUGAACGGAGAUGGUUUCUGCGGCGGCGGUUCUGCUGCUGUGCCUCCUCGGGGCCCCCGGCGUAUACUCAGAUGGGCCGCCGGUGUUGCGGGAGCACCCAAGCAGCGUGGUGGUGCGCCGCAACGAGCCCGUCACCCUCAACUGCGCCACCUCGGGGGCUGCCCGCAUCAGGUGGUUUCGUGACGGCGAGGAGGUGACCACCUCGCCGCAGGACACUCGCGCCCACCGCGUGCUGCUGCCCGCCGGCUCCCUCUUCUUCCUUCGCGUGACCGCCACCAAGAGGGAGAGCGACACUGGCACCUACUGGUGCGUCGCCUCCAACAGAUACGGCGCCACUCGCUCCCGCAACGCCACCCUCACCGUGGCCACGCUGUCCUCCGAGUUCCAGAGCGUGCCGGAGCCCGCGGUGAAGGCCCGCGUCGGGGACACCGUCAGCCUGCCCUGCCGGCCCCCCCGGGGCACCCCGCGGCCGGAGGUCACCUGGCUGAGGGACGGCCGCCAGGUGAGCGACUCGAGCCGCGUCCGCGUCACGGAGGACGGCGACCUGGUCAUCAGCAAUGCCGUGGAGAAGGACUCGGCGGUGUACGUGUGUCGCGCCCGCAACGCCGCCGGCAGCCGUGAGGCCCCCGCCACGACGCUGUCCGUCAUGACUCCGCCCUGGUUCGAGGAGCGGCCGGCCAACGUGACGGCGGCGUCGGGCGUGGUGGUGGAGCUGGCGUGCCGGGCGCGGGGGUCGCCGUCGCCCAAGGUCACGUGGCGACGGCUGGACGGCAAGAUGCCACUGGGGCGUGCCACGCUGGAGGAGCAGCGGCUGGUGCUGCAGGAGGUGGCGGCCGCGGACUCCGGCGUGUACGUGUGCGAGGCGGAGAGCGAGGCGGGCCGGGCCGCCGCGCGUGCCACGCUCACCGUCGUCGACGCCCCGGAGCUGACGCAGCGGCCACAGCACCUGCAGGUGAUGGCGGGCGAGGACGCGAGUGUCUCGUGCCGCGUGGAGGGCGAGCCUCGCCCGAUGGUGGUGUGGCGACUCCCCACGCUGGACAGGACCGCCCUCCUUGCCCCCGGCCAGAGCAGCGGCCGCGCCUCCGUCAGCGAGGACGGGCACACGCUGCUGCUGCGCCAGGCGGCCACCGAGGACAGCGGUACCUACUACUGCUGGGGCGUGAGCACUGGCGGCGGCGUGAGUGCCUGGGCGGAGGUGGUGGUGGUGCUGGCGCUGCCCCCGCCCGUUGUGGGCGUGGGGCCACAGGACCAGAAAGUGGCCCCCGGAGGCGUGGCGACCUUUCGUUGCGAGGUGGUGAGCGAGGCGGCCGAGGCGCGGGUCACCUGGCACUACCGGCCGGCCGCCCACCUGCCGGCACGACCCCUCUCACAGGGCGACGCCGCCCCCGACCCUCGCCUGUCGCUACCCGACAACGGCGCCCUCAUCAUCAAGGACGUGCGCCCGGAGGACGCCGGCAUCUACAGCUGCCACGUGGAGGCGUCAACGGGCCGCGUGGAGCAGAGCGCGGCGCUGCGCGUGUCUGAGGAUGCGGGGGACGCCGAGCCGCUGCCGCUGCUGCCGGCGCCGCCCACCAAGCCGCGAGUGGUCGACGUGAACGGGACGGCAGUGCGGCUGAGCUGGCUGCCCAACUCGCAGGAGGGCGGUGAGUGGGCACAGUGGUACUCGGUGGAGUACUGGCGGCGGGGCUGGCCGGAGUGGCGCGUGGCUGACGCCGUCACCACGCAGGAGUCGUGCGUCGUGGACCAGCUCGCCCCCGGACACACUUACACCUUCCUGGUGCGCGCUGUCAGCAGCCGCGGCGCCUCCUUUCCGAGCCCCUGGUCGGACCCGGUGACGGCGAGGCAGCGUCGCGAGUCCGGCCUCGACGCAGACCAGGUGCGUCAGGCCCGCCGCCGCCUCGGCCGCCCCGUUCUCACCCUCAGCGGCGCCGCGGCCACCGCGCCAGACAGCGUACUGCUCACCUGGGAGUUCCUGGCCCCGAGCGAGGGUGCGGUGGAGGGCGUGCUGGUGUACUCGGUGGCGGAGGGCGGUGGCGGCGGCGGCGUGCAGGUGGCCACCGUGCUGGGCGCCGCAUCCUCCUUCUCCUCCCACGCGGUGCACGGCCUGAAGCCCUUUACGCCCUACACCUUCUUCGUGGUGCCUUUCUGGCGCAGCGUCGAGGGCACGCCAUCCAACUCCUACUCCCUCACCACCCCCGAGGACGUGCCGCUGGAGGCGCCCGGCGACGUGCGCGUGGCUCACCGCGAUGAGGGCUCCGUCCUAAUCCAGUGGUCGGCCGUGGAGGGCGCAGCGGUCCGCGGGCGGCUGCUGGGUUACCGCGUGACGCUGAGCCACAACGGCAGCCACAGCACGCAGAUGGUGGCGUCGCCCUGGCUGGAGGCGACUGGCUUGCUGCCCGGCCGCCUCUACACCGUGCGGGUGGCGGCGCUCACCAAGGCGGGGGCGGGGCCGUCCAGCGACCCUGUGCUGCUGGACACCCGCAGCCCUGAGGAGGCUCAGGUGGCGGGGGAUGGUGGUGGAAGCUCGGUGCUAUACGCGCCGCCUCAGCCUGCUUGGUUGGCUUUCCUCUUGGUUCCGUUAUUGGUGGUGCUUUUCCUAGCCACGCCGUGGUACGUCAGAAGACUGCGGCGUAAGGCACCUCCGCCUGACCCGCCCCACGCCCCCUCCCUGUACCAGGACCCGUCCCUCUGCCCCGACCACCACUCCGUCAACAUGUACAGCGAGCACAAGCUGUGGCGGCCCUCGGAGAGCGACAAAGACUCCAGCCUGUCCUCGACCCGCCUCCUGAGACCCGACCAGCUGAACAACGAGUACGCAGAGCCGCGUGUGCAGCGGCCCAACGAGGCCACGGAGCCCUACGCCACCACGGCCCUGCUGGCGCCGCCCUCGCCCCACCUCAAGCAGGGCACGCCCUGGCGCCACCACAGCGACGACUCCGGCGUGCAGGUCAACUGGGCCGCCAUCCUGCCGCCGCCCCCUGCCUGUCCGCCGCCUCCGGAUCUUGAUCUGGGGGAUCCCAGCAACGGGGGUCCUCACAGCACCCGCCGGGUGUGCUCGGGUGCCUCUCAAUACGACAACAUGGGAGGGUCAGACAACUACGGGCGGCCUUGUGAUGCCGCCUCGGAGCACACAUACGAAGCCUACACGCAGGUGACGCCCACUGAUGGGCGUGAGAGCUUCCUCACCUUCAACACACUCCAAGGCCCCGGCUGCCGGCGGGUUCAGGUGGAGUGCCACCCGCCGCGGCCAGAGUCUCCGCGCAACAAGACUCACUGAGGAGCGCGCGGCCACACUUGGUGCUACACGUCAUGCUGGUGGGUGACAAGUGCCCCGGUGGAGAGCAAUGGUGUCGGGCAUCAGUGGGGCGGUGUGCAGGGACUACACCAACCCAUGGGACAUCCGCACCGCCCCGCCCCGUCCCCUCCCCCCCACCCGUCCCGUUUCUUCUGGUCCGUCAGCUCGUAGGCUGUGUCCUCGCCAAGUAUCUCCGGGGACUGUUCCUUAGCGGUUCAUCCUUCACACCCUAUCACAAAAUAGCGACACCCCCACGGCCUAGUUGUACGCCCUCCACACCCUAGUGACACACCCUCUUCGCUACGCUUACCACACCCUCUCGCUGACGCUGCGUGAUAUUGUUUAUAAUGAGGUGCCAAAAGAGGCCGGAAAGAAUCUGUUUUGGACUCUGGCAUGUGUUUAUAGUGCUAGUCAUUUGUUUAUAUAUAUAUGAUCAAAGUGAUAUAUUUUUCUAUUAAAAUCGUUCCUUUGAAAUUGAA